AUGUCUGAAAUCUCGUCACGAAGCUCAGAAAGAAGUGCAGCCUUUGUGGCAUCUCAGAUGACUCAGGCUGCGGCGACGCUCCACCAUGGGCCGAGGACGCAGCGCCAACAGCAGGCGUCGUUUAAAGAGUUCUCCCAGCUUUUGAGCACCGUGGAGGAGGAGCGAAGACGCCUGAUUCAGAAUGCAGAUGAUGUCUUGAUUACUCCCCUGGAAAAAUUUCGAAAGGAGCAAAUCGGAGCAGCGAAGGACGGGAAGAAGAAGUUCGAUAAGGAGACGGAGAAAUACUAUUCGGCUCUGGAGAAACACCUCAACCUGUCGUCCAAAAAGAAGGAGGGAUAUCUGCUGGAGGCCGACACGCAGAUUGACAAGGAGAGACAACUCUUUUACGACGCCUCCCUUGAGUACGUUUUCAAAAUACAGGAAGUGCAAGAAAAGAAGAAGUUUGAGUUUGUGGAGCCCGUAAGUAAACGUAACAAUAAACUAAAGCAGGUGAAGCUUAGCAAAGCGAGUUAUUACAGUUAG